UACAAGUUGGAUUUUAAUAAGAUACUAUGACGCAAGAAUGACGUGACCUUCGACAAUUAUACUAAAUUAAAAAAUCAACAUGUCACUUUCAAGCGUGAGGUAACAGAUUAAACAAAACAAAAUGGCAGCGCCGAACGAAUGGACCGAUUACUUCAGCCCAGAGCAAAACUACUCGAAGACGUUUAAACCUGGAAUAGACAUCACAUUUCCAAACGACAUUAUAGAUGUUCCAAGAUUAAAUUAUAGUUUUAAUGAGAAUGCAACAGACAGCUUAGAAUAUUCUAAUUUCACAUCAGAAGAUUAUUGUUCGUCAAACCAUUCGCACGUGUACUUAAAUGUGACUUGUGAAUUUCCUAUAAAUUAUGCGGAACCUAUGUAUGGCUACAUCGCUCCGUUCCUCCUCGCCACUACCACGGUUGCCAACACCCUUAUCGUGGUGGUGCUCUCCCGUCGCCACAUGCGGACCCCCACGAACGUUGUACUGAUGGCGAUGGCCCUCUGCGAUAUGUUCACCAUGCUGUUCCCAGCGCCAUGGCUCUUCUAUAUGUACACCUUCGGGAACCAUUACAAGCCCCUCAGUCCAGUGCGAGCGUGUCAAGCGUGGCAUUACAUGAAUGAGGUGAUCCCAGCAAUGUUUCACACUGCGAGUAUUUGGUUGACACUGGCGCUUGCUGUUCAGCGGUAUAUCUACGUGUGUCAUGCUCCCGUUGCCAGGACGUGGUGCACAAUGCCUCGAGUGAAGAAAUGUCUCAUCUACAUCGGAAUAGCUGCUUUCCUACACCAGCUGCCACGCUUUUUCGAUCACCAGUACGUGCCACAUGUGACGGUGUGGCGCGGCCAUUUUGAGGAAGUUUGCAGGGUACAAAUGGCGCCCUGGGUCCACACGCUUUCACUAGACGCCUAUUUCAUAACCUACUUCGCAUUUCGAGUUCUAUUCGUACAUUUAAUACCUUGUACAUCCCUCGUCGUAUUAAAUGUUUUACUGUUUAGGGCAAUGAGAACAGCGCAGAUAAACCGUCAGAAAUUAUUCAAAGAGAACCGUAAAUCGGAAUGCAAGCGUCUCAGAGAUUCAAAUUGUACGACUCUAAUGCUUAUCGUCGUUGUAACGGUUUUCCUUAUGGUAGAAAUUCCCGUAGCAGUUGUUACAAUACUACACAUAAUAUCUAGCACACUAGUCGAAAUAUUGGAUUAUCAUAUUGCUAAUAUACUUAUAUUAAUAACUAAUUUCUUUAUAAUUGUUUCUUACCCUAUUAAUUUUGCAAUAUACUGUGGCAUGUCGCGACAGUUUCGGGAGACUUUCAAGGAGUUGUUUAUUAGGGGCGCUGUGACGAGUAGAAACGGUGGUUCCAGUAGAUAUUCACUCGUUAACGGACCACGUACGUGUACUAAUGAAACUGUGCUUUAAACUUCAUGUAAAUAAUUGUAAAAUAAUAAUAUUGUUUGUCUAUUAUAGAUUGUAGACAUAUCAAUAAUUUUUGACAGAUAAAUUGGCGCGAAACGUUCUUUUUUAUCUGUAUUGACGCUUCUUGAUGUUUCUUUUUUUUAAUGAUAAUUUUAAUAAUCGAAUUAAGACCUUAAUGAAUUGUAAUAAUGUAAUUUAUCUGUACUGUGUAUUAUAUGUAUGAUACUUUUCCGUGGCUGUGAGGUUACCGGAUCAUUAAUAAAUAUAAUUAUAAUAAUAAAAUGUUGUCUGUGUAUUUUAGUAGUGUAAAUGAUUAGAAAUGAUAUGCUAAUCACAGAGCCUUUAAAUGGUGAGCCCCCAUUUGGGAAAAGUAUCAAAUGUUAUGUAAAUAGAAAUGUUUAAAUUGUAAGUUUAACUUAAAAAAAAUCGAUUUGUCCUUGUAAAUAAAUUUGUAUGAAUUUUGAAAGUCUACUUGAUUUAGACAUAAUAUUAGGAAAACUAUAAAUAUAUUAUUAUUAUUAUUCAUAUUAUAUUAAUCAAUAUAGUUUAUAUUAUGUUGUAGAAAAUGUGAAAGCUUCUUGUGUUAUGAACACUGCAUAAAAUAAGUAGGUUUAUUAAAAAAUAUAACAAAACUAAACUUUUAUAUGUUGUCUUAUGGACCAUGGCGAGUUAAAUACCUGUGGUAUAGGAAUGCGUACUAAAAUAAAAUCAUAAAAUAUU